UGAGCACCCGCAAAUGGGUCACAAGAUCGCAUCACUCGCCAUGGCCAAACGACGGUUUGUCGAUCAGUACUGGAAGGGCAAAAUACGUAUGUCUGUGGAGCUACACAAAUAUACGCAUUGAACAGGGCAAAAUAAUACUUCCUCACACACUAAAGUCGCAACGAUCGGUGUAUAAUUAUUCUCGUUUCGCCGCACUCUGUGUGCUGCCGGUUGAACACACCUAACCUUGCCCCGGCUAGAGGUUGUGCCACCGUUUUGCCCAAAGUCUCGUCCAAACUUGUGUGUGGCUGAGGAAGUAAUUUAACUACCGGUGCACUGCGGUCCGGUACCCGGCAAGGGCACUUUAUUAUGACGUAUUGCAUAUCUACGGGUACAGCGUCUGACGCUGGCUAAAUCUUACACCCGUGUACUGUACAUUGAUCACGAUCCGACGCACUCUAUGGCCAACUUCAUCGAUGAAGAAGGCGGAAUACCUGCCUAGACUGUUCUAUUCCACCGCUACUUAGGCGCCACUAUAAUUUUACCCCAUUCGAGGAACAAUCUACAUUUAACCCACACCAACCAAAAAAAAACACAUCCACAGGUAGCAGAGCACCUAAGCCGUCAAAUACUGCUGAUCGUCCCUGAACCGGACUGUGAUGAUGGUCGACAGAAGACGUGGUGGUUUAUUUUCAUUUAUUCACUGCUCGAUUUGCGCCGGUGCUAGAAGUUUUUUUUACGUUAGUACAGAGGAAAUAAACUAUUUCGGGGGAUAACUGAAGCCUAGUGGACUAAUGUCUGAUCGGAGAGGAAUACAUACAGGAUGCGGCGACACGUGCAUAGUUUGCGCUGUUGUAUCUCGACCUGACUGGGAGCUUCAUGAUCAGGCAUUUCACGUACUGGUCGACAGUCUCUGUUUGCUUCCGAAUUCACUCACAUUAAGUGAUCCCGCGCAACAUUUGUUGGAGUUUCUUGUGGGGACAGAAAAAGUGUGUAGUGUGUUGUCCGUAGCUCAUAUAAUUAUCAUCGGAGUCUGUCGGAUGUGAUGGUUCCACUUUUCAACUCUGAAUGAAGGGGUAUUAGUACAGCUUAUCUAGCAGGUCUGCAGCAAGUGUCGCUUUCUGUCAUCUAUCAAAAAAUACCAUCACUCUACUCUAGUCGUCGGACGGUUUUUGGUUCGGAGGAUGAAGGCGGCGUUAAAUAUGGACAGUUGUCAACCGAACCUCGUCACCUAGGGACACCGAAAUUGUUGUGCGCCGUUCAUCGUGCAAGCAGAAGCGAUACCACUAAUGGGUCUUUCAACUACGAGUCGAAGAAGAACAACAAGCACUCGUCCUCUCUAUUGCUGAACCCAUAUUCGGAGAUUGCGAAAGCUAUAAAUUGAUUUGAAUCUAACGAAACGUGUAGCAGAGUGCCGAAUAAGUUCACGGGUGAUAAGCAGUGACAUCAGCGCAUUUUGCCGAAAGAGAGUCAUCAAAUAUUUCGGAGGACACUUUCCCACUCAACGCAACUAUAUAGACAGACAACUAACAAACCGUGUACGGCGUAGGCACCGGGCAGUCAAAACGACAAAAUGGUGUUAUCUUAGAACAGAUUUGCCUGAUAACAUCCCGGAACCAUCGAGCCUCGUGGAGUACGAGCAGGGGGAAAAACAAAAAAGAAAGGCCGCAAAUCACGGAUGAUACGUGGUCCUUUCGAACACGAACACGAGCUACACCAUGAGUCAGAAGACAUCAACGAGCGUUGGAGGAGGAGGAGCAGGUGGUGGCAAGACUAAGACAGUACCAUCGACGACUGUAGCAGCGACAACGUCUACGGGUGUCAGUCAAAAGCAGUCAGGCGAAGCAAUCGGUUCAACCGCAACGAUACCAUCCACAGAUGGAGCACGAACCAAGUCAGCACAUUCCUCGGUAAGAUCGUUAAACUUUGACGAUCCGGAGCUACUUCUACCGGUCGCGGGAUCGACAGCAGGACGGAAAACAGAGUCCGCACUUAAAGAACGUAAGGAUAGCAGUACGCUAGUGCAAAUGGGAUCGAAUUCGCUUGCCGCCAGUACGGUGAUUUCCGCCUCAAAGCCACCACAUUCGAAACCGCACGCCGAAGAAACGAAACCCGGUACAAGCCCCGGUACGAACCAAGUAUCGACGAUAGGCAGUCCAGCUAAAAUGGGUAUCAAAAAGUCAAUACCGCAUCAAGCUGCCUCACUGAAGCACGAGCAUCAUGAGUCGACGUUAUCGCCGGUGGCCGGUAAACCAACGCUGCUGAAGGCAUCCUCCGUACCGGCGCCAGGUUUCGUCGGUGCACCGGUUGCCUGUUCAUCGCCGCUGGGCGGCAAAUCAUCGGCCAGUGUUUCUCCGCAUCAUGUACCACCCGUGUCGCCGCAACCACUGGCCGCUCCUGUGAUAACGACGGUUGCCGCUGCCUCUCCCACGGCAACCGCCAUUGGUUCGCCGUUAGUCGGUACUACGGUAUCACCGGCCGCCGUUGUGAUGCGUACCUCUUCCGGCUCUAGCCUACACAAAUCGGCAUCAUAUCGAAAGUCAUCCUACAAACCGCAACACUCGCACUCGCUGCGCUAUUCCGGCAGUGGCAGCGAUAUCUCCAACUUGGUGCGCGUGCGCAACUCCACACUCGGCAAUUCCGCGCCAACGCUUUCGCUGAGCGCGAAAGAGAACGGUGGAUUCGGACUCGGAGGCCUCGGUGGUGGUAGCUUUUUUGCCGGUCAAAAGCGUCCCGCCUCGUCAUCGUCAUCGUCGGCAGCUGCAGCCGCUCGGAGUGCCGCCGUGGCCCGGCAUCGGCUGAGCUUCGUUGCGAACAUUUCGCCCCGAUCUCACUCACCCAUUCCCGCUAGUCCCAUCGAUAGUCCGCGCAUCAAUUCGCCCAGUAUUAUGCAGUUUCCGUUUAUGCCGAUCAAGCGGAUCGCUUCGACGGCUGCGUCGAAGAACUGCGACAGUCGGCGCUGGUCGGUCGCGUCGCUACCGUCGUCCGGCUAUGUGACGACACCCGGAAGCUCGAACAUUUCCUCGCAAUGUUCUAGCCAGGAACGGUUACACCAGUUUCCGGCCGUGCCGACCAACGACGAUCUGCAGCUGCUGUCGCUACAUUUCUCGUCGAACGAUAGCAAUCCGAGCUUGGUCGAAGGGCGUACCCAUCACAGUCACCAUCACCAUCAUGGCUACCAUCAGCACCAUCAGCAUCAUCCGCAUCAUCCGAUGGUACCGCCGGCGCACCAUCACGCAUUGCAGCAGCAACAGCAGCAACAUCUUCAUCAUCACCAUCACCAUCAUUCCCUGCCGGCAGGAGCCGUAACACAUCAACCAUACUCACACCAACAUCCACUGGCGAUGGGUGGCGCACCCAUUGCGCCGGUCAGUGGAGGAAUUUCUUCGUCGAUCUCACCACAGGCUGGUCUCGGAUCAGUCUCGGGCAGUGGUACGCUUUACCAACAACAGCAACCACUUAGCCUGCAAGCGCACGUGGGCUACCCACCAGGACCGGGAAGUGUAACAAAUCAACCACCCGGCCCCCAAAUCGGUCAGCUUCCACAUCAACACUGCCCGCUGAAGGCCUCCGUUGGAUCGUCCGGUUCGGGUAGCUGCGGCAGUGGUCCUACCGGAAAGGAUGAAAUGAACAACUUUUGUGGAUGUCGUUCACCGAUUCAUCGACCGCGAUCGCGUAGUCUCAGCAGUCCGAGCCAUUCGCCGAUUACCGAUAGUGAAAUCUCGAUCAUGAACACAUUCUACAAGGAGCGCUUCCCGAAAGCGACCCAACAGAUGGAGGAACGCUUAAGCCACUUUAUCAAUGAAAAUAAAAACAUCAUUAAUGAUAGCGCGCGCAAUUCGCAGCCGAUCGUACGAUUCGUGCAUCAUCAGGUGCUGGAAAUGGCUCGCGAUUGUCUGAACAAAUCGCAGGCGAAGCUGAUCACAUCGCGGUACUUCUACGAAAUGAGUGAAAAUCUCGAACGGCUGCUAAUGGAGACGCGCGAAAAAUCACCCGAAGCGGCACCGGAAAUUACGGGUGUGAUCAAGAAACUGCUUCUCAUAACCUCCCGUCCGGCACGGUUGCUCGAAUGUUUAGAGUUCGAUCCGGAAGAGUUCUACCGGCUGCUGGAGGUAGCUGAAGGUCAGGCAAAGGUAACGCAAGGCAUCAAAGCGGACAUUCCACAGUACAUCAUACAGAAGCUUGGACUAAACCGUGAUCCGAUCGCGGAGCUGCAGGAAGAACUCAACAUCGAAACGGCAUCACUGAAUUCAAGUGUGAAUUGUGCCGAUCUGGAGGAGGAAGCAGAACAGGAGGAGCUAGUUGAUCGACGGUCGCGAAUGCGUAGCAAUAGAAACGCACGUGCAGACGAUAGUGAGCUUGCGGAUGUCAACUCAUCGAUCGCGAGCGAUCACAUUUCCCGCGACGACAUGACCUGCUCUACACCAAAGGGUUCGGGAUCUUCAAGUUCGGCCGGUAAUAGUGCGGCCAGCAGUACCAGCAAUGUGCUGAAUAACAAUGCUGACCAGGGAACCGCGAUGGUAGGAGGUACGACGGGUGCUGGAAACUCUCCAUCAGCUACGGGAACGGCGGGCGCAGUAGGCAAGAGCUUUAAGGCACGUUCCAACAACGCAGUACCGAACGAGAAAGAUUUCGACAUACUGAAGCUAAUCUCGAACGGUGCUUACGGUGCCGUUUAUUUGGUAAAGCACAAGCAAACUCGUCAACGGUUUGCUAUGAAGAAAAUCAACAAGAACAGCCUCAUGCUGCGCAACCAAGUGGAGCAGGUGUUUGCCGAACGAGACAUCCUUAGCUUUGCCGAUAAUCCCUUCGUCGUUAGCAUGUACUGUUCGUUCGAAACGAAGAAACAUCUCUGCCUGGUGAUGGAAUACGUUGAGGGUGGUGAUUGUGCGACACUUCUGAAAAACAUCGGACCAUUGCCGUCGGAUAUGGCACGGUUCUAUUUUGCCGAGACGGUUCUAGCGGUUGAGUAUCUGCACAGCUACGGAAUCGUACACCGUGAUCUGAAACCGGAUAAUCUACUCAUCACCGCACUCGGUCACAUUAAACUGACGGAUUUUGGACUUUCGAAGAUGGGGCUGAUGUCACUCGCUACGAAUCUGUACGAAGGCUACUUAGACAGCGAGACGAGACAGUUUUCGGACAAGCAAGUAUUCGGCACACCGGAAUAUAUUGCGCCCGAAGUGAUCAUGCGCAAGGGCUACGGUAAACCGGUCGACUGGUGGUCGAUGGGCAUCAUACUGUACGAGUUCCUGAUAGGCUGUGUACCAUUCUUCGGCGAAACGCCCGAGGAGCUGUUCGCCCACACGGUAAACGACGACAUCGAGUGGCCGGACGAAGAUGAUUGGCCACUGCAGGAGGAGGCGAAGGAUCUUAUCACCGUGCUGUUGCAGCAGAAUCCUCGCGAUCGGCUCGGUACCGGUGGAGCGCACGAAGUGAAAGAACAUUGCUACUUUUAUGGGCUCGACUGGAACAAUCUGCUGCGCCAGAAGGCGGAAUUUGUGCCGCAGCUGGACAAUGAGGAGGACACGAGCUACUUCGAUACGCGCGUCGAUCGAUUCAAUCACGAGAUCUGUGGUGACGAUACGGACGAGAUGGAGGAUUCACCGCUGUUCGGAUCAUUUAGCUCGUACUCGCCGCAGUAUCGCAAGCAGCACAGUCUUUCGCAAGCGUCCAUCAAUUCUAGCGGCAACUUUGGUGGCAGUACCGGCAGUCGGAUAAGUGGCGGAAUUGGAAGCGAAAGUGGAUCAAUUGCUGCCGCAAUACCGUCGGUAGUUGUACCAUCGAAUGCUUCCACCAUACCGCAGGCUCCUCCGUCUUCUUCAUCUUCUGGAUCUUCCGUUCCGGAUGCGAUUGGUGUGUCGCGCGAGUCUGGAACGACGGUAAUGGUGAGCGGAUCAGCGAGUAGCAUUACUACACCUCCCACCACUAGCGUUUCUUCCACCAUGAAGCCCCAAACUUCCUCGGCGGUUGGAGAGUUAACGGCUGAAACACCGAGCAUCACCACUACAUCGUCGACGCUGGGAAAGCCACAGCUACCAAGUCUAUUCGAGGACGGUUACGACACGACACAUCAACGGCCAAACGAUAUCAGCAAGCUAAUCAUAACGCCAGAGCUGCGUAAGUUCAACAUAAACCCGUCGCGUUACAAGAUGCCAUCGACGCCCGAUCUCGACUAUCUGCCCGAACUGGCUACCCCGGAUCGGGAAGACUUCUUGGUCCAUCACGGUAUUAAUCUACGACCGAUGGCGGUCAAUGUUGGAGCGAUGCGUGCUGCUCCCAGCACUCCGGAAACACCCGAAACGAACAAACGCUUCAGCGAUUUCUAUCCACUUUCCUCGUUGAAACAGCUCAGCACGCCGGAAUCCUCCCAAACGGACAGUGACGAUGUGUCGCCGCAAAUACAGCGCAAGCGCAAGAUCGUGCACAAUCGCAUCUUGCCAAAGUUCUCGAUCUCGAUCGAGGAUGAUCAAAGUGGGCAUGAAACAUCCUCAUCCACGCCGUCCCAAAUCGUAACAUCGUCACCGUCGAGUUCGCUGCACAACCUAAGCGGCAGCAAUUCGCGCCACAUCGUAAAGUCGGCAUCAGCGCUCGGCCUCUCGCUAAUGACAUCAUCGGAUGAUUCGUCUUCGGCCGUCACCACCGCUGUCGGCCGAUCACUGGGUGGUGGUGGCAACAUAUCCCUAUCGGGUCGCAAUGCGACGGGAACGACCGCUUCCAACCUGUCCUCUUCCUCCGGCUGCAGUACGGGCGGUAUCGCAUCGUCCACGAUGCAUUCGGCGGGCAAUUGUUCCAGCACGGCCAGCUCGCGUGAUACCUCGCCCUGCCGAGAGCUGAGCCCUCUAGUCACCAACUUAAAGCCACCGCUCAUCAUCAAGCGUGGACCGCGUGGAUUUGGCUUUACUGUGCACACGAUACGGGUGUACUACGGCGAUACAGAUUUCUACACCAUGCAUCACCUAGUGAUGGCCGUCGAUGAGGGAAGUCCCGCAUUCGAAGCCGGUCUCCGUCCAGCGGAUUUGAUCACGCACGUUAACGGUGAGGCCGUGCAAGGGCUGUACCAUACGCAGGUACUACAGCUGCUGCUAAGUGGAUCCGAGCUGGUAAGUCUGCGGGCUACUCCGCUCGAGCAUACGAGCAUUCAAACGGGUGGACGCAAGCGUGAACCAUGGCAGAGUAAGUUUGCCAAGAAGUCAACACACAGCCGGCGUAAGCAAAAGAAAGACAAUGAGAAAAAGCGCAAAGCAUCACUGUUCCGACGGAUCAGCAGCAAGCGUGCCAGUGCGGAGAUGCAGCAGAUGGUCGCGGGAAUUCAAUCGCCAACGUCAGCCGUUCCGCCUAGUAGAAGCUUCCAAUCAUUGGCCCGAUUCCAGGGCAGUCAGCCAAACUUGCUGCAGCCGGGCAUUGGAGCGGUGGUUGGAUCUCCGGGUGGUUUGCCCGUUCCCGGUGCUAUUCCACACCCGGCCGGAAUGCAAUCGCCCGUCGGCGCACCAGGAGUGGGUCCCCUGCCACAGUCAACGUUGGCAGCAACGGGCAGUACUCCGGUGAACAGGUUAAGCCUCUCACCGUUAAACUCGGCCGGAACACUUUACAAUCCAACGCUUCCAUCGCCGGGAUCGCCGAGUACAUCCGCGCCAAGUACUCCGACUGGUAGCGGUACGCUCGGUUAUAACGAUGGUGCUCCACUGUACCAGCGACCGUCAACUUUGCAUGUGCUGAAGCACAAACUGCACUCAUCACCCUGUGCUAGCAAUAAGGCGCUUCACUCCGCAGCUGCUGCCGGUGGACGUCCUUCCAAUCGUCGGAAAUCGGCCGACCAUAUGCCACUGUCGCCGCUUGCCCGAACGCCCAGUCCGUCACCGUUGCCCGCUUCACCGACGCGUUCGUCCAGCCCGCUUGCAUUCCCAGUGGUACACCCGCUCGGUGCGUCAAACACAACGCAAUCGUACAGUCCCGGUGGACUUCCAACUGCCGCCGGUAUCGGCAUCGUAACUGGGCUGCCGUCCGCCGUCGUACCCGGUAUUGUGGCCGGUAGUAUUGGCGGUUCACCGAACCCACCAACGAAGAAAGGAUUCCCGCGGGCUAAGACAGCCGAACCGAGCUCCCCAUUGCUGCGUCGUGCGCUGUCUCCGGAUCGGUUGCAUCCACGUAGCGCCGCCGAAAGUAAGUGCGUUCUGUCGCCGCUCUGUUGCAACACUUCGCUGAAAACAACGCCCCGCACCGUGGCCGGUAUAUGGCGAUCGAAUCAAAACUCCACUAUUACGACCGCUGCUGGCAAUGGUGCGGCUGGUGGAUUGGGCGGUGUACAACUGACGGCGGCCUGUGGAGGCAACAUCACAGCGGAACCUUCCCUAGCGUCGGUGUCACAGAACAGCGUCAACAACAAUCCACAACCGGUGGCUGUAACGGCUGGUGCAGAAUCGCUGGCAACCACAGGCAAGGCACCGGGAGGAACUUCUGUUUCGCGCACUAACAAUAGUAUGGCGCCAUCUGGUGGGAAAGCUACGCCUCAGUCGGCGACAUCAGCGAACAGUGCCGCAGCUAAGGAGGAUCACAUCAAAUCGUCCGCGGAUAAGCUUGUGCCGCUGAUGGAGAAGAUGGCAAUCAAGGACGGGGAAGCGUCGAGUACGAUCAGCAUCAACAAUAAUGGCGGCGGUGGUAACAGUGUUAGUAAGAAAGCGAAAGAGUAAUUCGUUGCGCCAGCUUGUAAUGUGUGGAGCUGCAAAAACGGGGCAAACUGUAUUCUCUUUUAGAAACCGUUUUGGGAAGUUGUACGAGAUUUAUUUGAUCCACAGUAUGGAAUGAUUUAUGGAAAUUGUUUCCAAUAGCUAUGGGCGUUUAAUUACUGUGGUUUCGUGUUCCGUGAUGAAACAUAAAAGUGUGAUCGACAACGUUUUUGCUUUAGGUGUGUAUAUUUUAAAGAAAUAGUAAGCCCGGGUUCCGUUUAGCAUCUGUUAUGUUUAACAUUAUGUUAGCUUUACGUAUCUUUUUUUUUAGUAGUUCAUUAUCAUUAAUUUGUCUGCCGAAUCGCGAUAUAAUUAUUAUUAUUUUAUUACUAUUAGAUAUGUGUAUGAUUAUUAUUUUGUGCGUAAGAAUUGCAGCCCUUCCCCUUUCCCCCCCACAUGUAACACUGCUCAACAUUAUUUUAAAUGUCAUUUCAACUUGAUUUCAUCCUGUGCGCGAAAGCAAAGAGCAACAUAAAUAAAACCCAUAACGAAAUACAGAAUAUGUUUAGCCGCUGCCCCUCCAUAGUUUAAACGUCUCGUUGUGCGACAAUGUGGUGGUAAAGCGAGAUGAAGGCAUAUGACUGACUAACAGGUUUAUCAAUGUUUACGACGAAGAUUGAGGAAAUAAAACUUAUAAAUACGGAUCGACCGAUACGGAGCCUAUUUGUCGUUCGAAACCAUAAUCUUACUGUGUGAUAUCUUGAUUGCGUGAAGUCAGAAUGAUGAAUCCAAUAAAAUUAAUACAACCGUACGCAAAAACAGUGAACGUAUAAUUGUAAUGCAACAGCGGCGUGAAAACCCGUUCCGGAUAUUGAGCGUGGGAAAGAAAAUUGGCCCGUAGCGUUGUACUCAAUCGGUGUAAUAGACGUAAUGCAGGUGUUGCAAGCUAACAAAUCUGCACUAACUGUAGCCACUAUUUCCUUUCCAUUUGACGGAGGGGGAAAAAAAGAUAGUCUGUUUGAAGUUCACUUUUCACGAGGUGUAUGCAUCCAAUUGCGUGCUAAGUUUAGUUUACUGCAGCAAAGAAUUGAAGCACUCUAUUAGAACAAACAAACAAAAAUUCCAGCACAGCGACAGAGCAUUGAUUGAUGGUGAGGUAAACGAUAGAUUAGUUGCUACAAACGCAUUUCGUUGCUUGCAGCGAGGUGUUUCUGUUUAAUUCGCCCAAAAAACCCAACCAAAUCUUAGUCAGUCACGAACCCGAUAGAAAGAUUCUCAAAAGCAAAAGCACCGUUCGAUAAUAAAUGUCUCCCAUUUCGUCCUUCCAGCGUGUUUGCCACGUGUAUUUUCUUCAUUUUGCAUUGUUGCAUUUUAUUAUACAAUGGAUGAGAAACAAAAAUGGUACUUAUAGAAAGUUUGUUACAAUUCUCCCACUCCCCCCCCCCCCCCCAUACCGAUACCAUCGUAUGCAUGGGACAGUGCACACAACUUAGUAACGUAGCAAAACCAACAGCUAAAUGCAAUAUUCCCCACUUUUCCUUGAUGUGAAACUUUAAGAGGUAAUAUACCACAAACAAUAAUAAAAGAAUAAAAAAAACACACACCAGACAGACAAAUACAAGAAAUAAUACAACUCUUUAAAUAGUGCAAUAAUUAGUGAAACGGUGUGCAACAGUCAAAAUAGUGGAGUAAGAAAACAGAGUAGAUAACGCAAUAUCCACAAUCAAGUAAAAAAAAGAGAUAAAGCUACCACUUUAAUAAACAAAAGAAAAAACAAAACACUUUAAAACAAUAAUUCCAACAACUACAAAGAAAAACAAAAGAGCAUUAAACGUAAAGGGAGAAAAGUUUAUAUUUAAUGGUUUCCGAUAGUCUCGCGGUAUCCAUUACGCUGGCUUAUAGUGCAUAUUUGAAUAUUUGAAUAUUGUUGGUUGAUCGAUUGUUUAGAUUUUUGGAUUGGCACGAUGGAGAAGGAAUUGGAAGUAGUUUGAAGUAGACCUGCACCGAAUAAAGUUAUGAUAAGGCCAACAAGAAGGGCAAGAGUUGAUAAUGGACACACACACAUUCAUAGUUUGGCACAUCGAUGUAAAGGAAGACACAUUUAGUGAGAGUUUGAAGCAGAACGGCGAAUGGAUAGUAGCGAAGGAUAAAAGUAAUAUUUUGUGAUCUUAAAAAAUGUAUAACUUUGCGUGGUCUAAUCAGUUCUCAGUUGCAUAGAAAGGUUGAUGAUGAUGAGUUUUCUCCAGGCUGAUUGUGUGUCGAGAGUAUUUGUAUUUGUUUCCCGUUGUAAAUAAUUUGCUAGAUGUGAUGAAAGUGGAAAUACGAUAUAAAAUACACAAAAGCAAGACAAAAUAGUGCAUAGAAACAUGCAAAAAAACUGUAAUUGGAAACACCUAGCGAUGUAGCUUUACUCUAAACGCGAUGCAGGAAGAAGUUUACCAGUUGUGUAGCGAUUAGGGACUGCUUCGAAUGACUUUGUGACUUUCGGUACUUGGGUUUUGUUUGUUUCCCUACGCCAUCCAUAGUUUAAUGGUUCUUGUUCGCACUCGUCGUGUGCUUCUGAGCUUUCCUUCGUUGAAACGCGAAAACACAACCAACCAAACGGAAUUAAACACUUUGUGAACAGCGUAAAAGACAUGAUAUGCUUGCCACUAAUCAAUGGGACGUUAAGCUAAAACGUGAAACAAACAAACAGAUGUUAAGACAGUGAAGAAAAGAGGAAUGUCCCUCGUUGGUAAAUUUGUGAGGGCACCAACUAUCCCCUCCCCAUACAUAUAUGGUCAGACAGGGUCAGAAACGAUACGCAUACGAGCUCCUUCCAACUGAACUGAAACACUACAAUGUAAAUUUGAAGAGCAAAUAUUAAGUGUACACCCGACGGUCGACGACAGCUGACCGUAUUUGAAUUACCAAUAAAAAUACUUAUCAAUGUUGCUGCAGUGUGGCGAAUAAAAGGAACAAA